AUGACACCAGUUGUUACUAGUGAUGACACCAGUGAUGUUACUAGUGAUGUUAACGGUGAUAACGCCAGUGAUGUUACUAGUGAUGUUACCAGUGAUGACACCAGUGAUGUUACUAGUGAUGACACCAGUGAUGCUACUAGUGAUAACGCCAGUGAUGUUACUAGUGAUGUUAACAGUGAUAACGCCAGUGAUGUUACUAGUGAUGUUACAAGUGAUGUUACUAGUGAUGACACCAGUGAUGUUACCAGUGAUGUUAACAGUGAUAACACCAGUGAUGUUAACAGUGAUAACACCAGUGAUGUUACUAGUGAUGUUACCAGGGUGAGAGUGUCAGCAGCAGCAGUGUCAGCAGCAGCAGUGUCAGCAGCAGCAGUGUCAGCAGCAGCUGUGUCAGCAGCAGCAGUGUCAGCAGCAGCAGUGACGUCACUACCCAGCACACAGUUGGCGGUGUUGCUGGACCUGACUGAUGUGUCUGAUGAUAUAGUGAGUCGUGCCUGUGACCUGGCCCAGGAGUUACAACCACCAGGAGGGUACUGGAGUAUCGAGUGUUACAACAGCACAGUAACAGUGGCGGGCAUCCAAGACAUGAUCCAUCACCUGCAUCACCACAGUGUUAAGAUGGAGCACGUGACAGUAGUGACCAGCGUCAGCAUCACACAACAACAGCGGCGCCAGCUGGUCAUCCUGGCUGAGUCAACACUCAACUGUGACUUAACAAUGUGAGUGUCUGUGUUACUUGUGUUAUUAUCCUCUUAAUGGUAGCACCUAUAUUCAUGGUAGCUACCAUCAUUGCAGCUUCCUUCAUGGUAGCCGCAAUAUUCAUGACAGCUAACAUCAUGGUAACUCUUGUAUUUAUGAUAACUAUCAUCAUGGUAACAUCAUUCAUGGUGGCAGCUACUUUCAUGAUAGCUACCAUCAUGGUAACUAUCUUCAUGGUAGCUGUUAUAUUCUUGAUUGCAACUAUCAUAGAAACUACGAUAAUGGUAGUGGUUAUGUUCAUGAUAGCUGCCAUUAUGGUAACUACCCUCAUGGUAGCUAUAUUAUAUUCAUAAUCUCCCUCAAGGGAG